CAAGGGGAAGCCAUUUUCCAGCUGGAACGUGGGAACUGGGGUGUAAGGGAGAUUAGAGUUCCGAGGUGGAGUUUAUUUCUUGUAUUUUCAUAUGAUAUGAAAGGCUCCCAGGGCUGAGAUGCUAACACAGCAUGAAGAUGAGGAGACGAGUGGAGCUGCCGUUGCAGAGACCAGCACCAGCCAUGGGGAGAGCUGUCCAGCAAACCCUCCUCGCCUUACUCUGUCUAGCAGCUGUGGUUUGUGAGGCUCAAGACACCUGCCCAGACGUGAAAAUCGUGGGUCUCAGUGGUUCAGAGAAGCUCGCUGUUCUCCAAGGCUGCCCUGGGAUUCCUGGUGCCAUGGGGCCCAAAGGUGACCCUGGACCUGCAGGAAUGAGAGGAGAACGGGGAGCUCCAGGAAUCCCUGGAAAGAUGGGAUCAGCAGGGGAGAAAGGAGAGAAAGGAGAGCCCGGAGAACCAGAAACAACAGGACCCAGAAACUGCAAGGAGCUGUUAGCCAAAGGGAGAACGCUGAGCGGCUGGUACGCCAUCUACCCAGGAGUUGCUGUUGAUUCCAUCACUGUCUUCUGUGACAUGGAUACAGAUGGUGGAGGAUGGAUUGUUUUCCAGAGACGCGCAGAUGGUUCGGUGGAUUUUUUCCGUGACUGGGAUUCAUACAAGAAGGGUUUUGGGAACCAGCUGACGGAAUUCUGGCUGGGGAAUGACAAUAUCCACCUGUUAACAUCCUUUGAAACUUGUGAACUUCGUGUCGAUCUGAGUGAUGUGGAAAACAAUAAAUCCUUUGCCCACUAUGAGACCUUCAGCAUUUCAGGACAAUCUGACAAAUACAGACUGAACCUAGGAAAAUUUCUUACAGGCACUGCAGGUGAUUCCUUGUCUGGCCAUAGAAAUAUGACGUUUACAACCAAAGACAACGACAAUGAUAUGCAUUCGGGGAACUGUGCUCUGCUGUAUAAGGGAGGCUGGUGGUACCACAAGUGUCACGGUUCCAAUCUGAACGGGCUGUACCUGCUGGGACCCCAUGAGAGCUAUGCAGAUAGUGUCAUCUGGGCAACAGGCAAAGGGGCUUACUACUCCUACAAAGUCUCAGAGAUGAAGUUCAGGCCGGUUUAGCACAAGGAAAGUGCAGUGCGAGGUCGCUCUCCAGCAACGUAUGGGAAUGGACCCUCACAGGUAGUUAGAUGCCUAAAGCCCAUUAAUUUCUAUGGAAGUUCCAUGGAUGUGCCUAAAGGAUCUGGGCCUUAGAGCCUGAUCUGAAGCCCAGUGAAGUCAAUGGGAGUCUUUUCAUUGACAUCAGAUGAGGCCCAUAGCUGGAAGCACCCAAGCAAACACACUGACAUUUAAUACCAACCCUUUCCUUUUCCUGGUCACGUUGAGUUGUCAGGAGCUCUCUGUUCAAAUGUGACUGCUGGGACCUUACAGCCCAGCCCAUUCCAUUCUACUUCUGUUAGAACCAACGCAGAGCCAGCACUGCCGGCCCAGAUGAGAGAGAGCGUGGCCCAAAGGCAGGGCAGCGGCCCAGCUGUGAGCGGCCGCUGAUCAUUUGUCACAAUUAUUGCGCCACAUCCUGACAUCCCUUUUUUCAUUCCUGCUAAAUUAAAGGAAAAUCCCUCUGACUUCAGUGAAAGUUUUGCCAUAGUAUCUCGGCUCUCUAUGAGCUAAGAUCAAGCGUAGUACCUGUUCUUAUCAGUUUAAUAUCUGAUAUGUGCUUUAUUUAAGAGCUGAGUAAAGGUUUUAAGAUUUGGCACUUGGUGACUCAAUACGUUAUUGCGUCAGAGGUCAUAGCAUGAUGAUGCGUCUGCAGUUAAUUGCAGAAGAUCUAAAAAUGUUAACCUGUUUUUUUUUUUUUUUUAAGAUCAUGAGCCUGGAGAAAGCAAUAUAUUUGCCCCUUGCUAAUUUGCAUUUACAUCAAGGAUAUUAAGCUCUCCCCACUUCCCAGCAAAGAUUGAAUACCAGGAGUGAAAUCCGGGCACCAAUGAAGUCAAUGGAGGUUUUGCCAUUGAUUUCAGUGGGGCCAGGAUGGCACCCAGAGCGCUAUAGUGAAGUAUUAGAUUACUAAAACCCCUUUAUCUCUGCAGUAGUGCUAUGCUAUACUAUGACGCAUAAUCCUCACUGGUUAAAAGAAAACUCCAUAUGUCACAAUAAAUUAAUAAAGUAUGUUUAACCAGC